AUGAAUGACCGCGCCGAGAGAGCGCAACAAACACGAACAAAAUACAACGUGACCGUCUCAAUUGGCGCGCGCGCCGCGAUUGAUGCGUUGCUAAAAACCGACAACCGUCGGAACGGUCCGCUCCGCGUUCGUGCGUUCCAACGAACACAUUGGCGCGCGUUCCAAAGUGGUAUCCAUUUCGCGCGGCUGGAGCGCGCGCCAAUGUUCGAACUGUUGGAGCGCAUAAUGGAUACACAGCUUCAGGGUGUGCGUUAA